GGCACAUUUGAACGCGGCGCGAUUGCGUGUGUUCAAACAUCCAAAAUGGCGGUCGUUUGCACCCUUGCGAAGGAAAGAAAACCAUUGCUCUUAGCUUUUCGUUUCAUCAGAAGCUAUCAUGACUCCAAACGUAGCUUGCCACAACAUAACUCUGCGUUUUUCUCAAGUCAAUUUCGAUGCGCACGUCUUUUUAUGAGGAGACAUAUCUGGUCUUCCCGACAAGACGAUUUGACCAGAGCUCUUUCGGACGCUGAGAAAAUUGUUGGCUAUCCGACGUCGUUCUUAAAUUUGCGAUAUCUGUUGAGUGACGAAAUCUCUAACAUCGCCAUGUACAUGAAAAGGUUCGCCAUGAGCAAGCAUCCCAUGUUGCGAACAGCUCGAGGCUUCGUAUCAGACGAGAACAAUACUAUGCAAACUCGUGGACUGUUGGUGCUCCUCGUGUCCAAAGCUUCUCGGCCAUGUUUACAAAGUGACUGGAGCACGGAUCAGGAAUUAGUAGCUGACAUCCAUUCAAGCCAGAGACAGCUAGCUGAUAUAACAGAAACUAUACACACAGCCAGCUUGGUGCAUACAGGUAUAGUGAAUCUAUCCAACAUCUCAUCAUCCAGUAAGUCAUAUCAGGAUGACAUGGAAUUUGGUAACAAGAUGGCUGUGUUGAGUGGUGACUUUCUUCUAGCAAAUGCCUGUACUGGUUUAGCAGAACUUAAAGACACUGAGGUAGUGCAAAUGAUCUCAGAGGUAAUUGGACAUUUGAUGGAGGGAGAAGUUCUGAAGAUCACAUUUAAUGCUGAUAAUUUGAACUUGGAGUUUUGGAAUGAGCUAGUGUUUAAGUGUAAGGGAAGCUUGAUGGCAAACAGUUGUAAAGCGGCCCUCAAGAUUGUUGCACAUUCAAAAGAGCUUCAGGAAAAGGCUUUUGAAUUUGGGAAGAAUAUAGCAUAUGCUCACCAGUUAAAGGAAGACUUUCAGUCUCUCCAGGAACAAAAAUCUACAGCUAUUCUCUACAGUGCACCCAUAAUUCUCUCCAGUAACCGCACUGAGGUGAAAAAACUGCUAAAUGAAAUCUUCUCAGAGCAAAACACAGACAAACUGGAUCAACUACACCAAGAACUGUCUGGCAUGGUCGUCCAAGAAGAAACAGUGAUACAGUUGAAAGAAUUGAGUUCAUUUUUUAGUAAGCGAGCUUUGGACUCACUGGAUCUCUUUCCAGAGUCUGACGCCAAGGAAGCGUUAGUAAAU